AGUUCCCAACAAUUUUAUCGGAACACGGACGCGCUCUACUUAGACCCUACCAGGCAUCAUCGGGUUCCAUUGGUUCGACGACUUUAGCAUCAUGGCGUCCAAUUUCGAUCUCCAGGAGACUUUGGAGAGAGCUGUCGAUCUCUGGGAGUCUCUGCCCAAAGCCGCUCAUUGGGCCUUGGCCGGCAUUGGAGCCAUCUACGUUGCUAGAGGGGUCCUGUCGUUUGUCCAACUGUUCCUUACCUGCUUUGUUCUCAGCGGCACCAAUCUUCGCAAGUAUGGCAAGAAGGGCACCUGGGCUGUGGUCACCGGAGCAUCCGAUGGUCUCGGCAAGGAGUUUGCCCACCAGCUCGCCGCUAAAGGCUUCAACUUGGUCCUCGUUUCUCGCACCCAGUCUAAGCUCGACGCUCUCGCCCGCGAAUUGACACUGAGGUGGUCCGGAUUUCAGGCCAAGACGCUCGCGAUGGACUACUCCAAAGACGAUGAUGCCGACUAUGAGCGCCUUGCCGAGCUGAUCUCGGGAUUGGAUGUGGGCAUCCUGAUCAACAACGUCGGACAGUCGCACAGCAUCCCCGUUCCGUUCCUUGAGACCAGCCGGGAUGAGCUCCAGAACAUCGUCACCAUCAACUGCCUCGGCACACUAAAGACCACGCAGAUUGUUGCGCCUAUCCUGACGAAGCGCAAGAGGGGCCUGAUUCUGACCAUGGGAUCGUUCGCCGGUUACAUGCCUACCCCUUAUCUCGCUACCUACAGUGGCAGCAAGUCCUUCCUGCAGCACUGGAGCAGUUCACUGGCGGCGGAGCUGAAGCCCCAGGGCGUCGAUGUUGAGUUUGUCAUCAGUUACCUGGUCACUACCGCCAUGAGCAAGAUUCGCCGUACUAGCUUGCUUAUCCCCAGUCCGAAGCCGUUUGUGCGCUCUGUCCUGGGAAAGGUUGGCCUGGGUUGGACGGAGAAGUUCACCAACACCUACACGCCGUGGUGGAGCCAUGCUAUCUUCAAAUGGGCUAUUGAGAACACGGUGGGCGCGACCAGCGGCAUAACUGUCUGGUUUAACCGAAGGAUGCAUCUGGAUAUCCGCGCUCGGGCGCUGCGGAAGGCGGAGCGGGAAGCUAAGAAGAAGCUGUAGGCAGAUAUGGUGGCGCCUCCCAAAGGAUGUCGUGUACAAUUUUUAGUGAACGAGGGCAGGAUGGAUGGGUGGCGCCGUAAUCAAUGAUAAUUAGCGAUACACAUCAGUGCAGCGUACACUUAAAUGGAACAAUCUGGAGGAUUUUCUGUCCAGCGUUUUGGCCACGACAGAAAACUUGGUU